CAUUAGGGCACAAAAUAUCUUCAUCCCCACGCAAAACCCUUUCUGGCGUUCUGUCAUUGUAUGCGAACCGGAAAGAAAUUUGUUCCCUAAAUUGAUUUUGAUUCAUAUUUUCUUGUCAUAAAGCUCUCUGAAAUCUCUUUGGAUAAGUUCUCCAAUGGCUACAAGAAAGCUGGUGCGAGAUUUAUUUCUCUCUAAGCAGCCGCUUUAUCGGCAAAGUUUAGCUUACAAACAGAUUUCUACAUCAGCUAUGAGGUUAAGGUUUCAUGGAGGCGCAAAUGUGAACUCUACGUAUCGUGAAUUUAGCGUGUUUAAUGAGUUCUCGAAAAAGAUUAAAGGCGAAGUGAACAGAAAUCAGGAUUUCCAACAAACGGUCAAAGAGUUAAAGGAGAAGACUGAAGAGCUCAAAGGGGUGAAAGAAGACUUAAAAGUUAGAACGAAGCAGACAACUGAGCAGCUUUACAAGCGUGUGGAUGGUGCAUGGACUGAAGCAGAAGCUACAGCAAAGAAGGUAUCCGAGAAUCUUAAGGAGAAGGUUUCUGCUGCUACAGAAGAGGUGAAAGAAACUUUAGGGAUUGGGAAGCAGGAAUCCACAGAAUCCUCCAGUUCUUCUGCAAAUGAAGCUUCAAAAGAUGAUAAGCAGUCAGCAGAAGAGAAGGAAGAUAAGAAACAGGAAUCAGGAUAUGGUGAGACAGCAGAAACAAUAUUUAGUAAGGUUAGGUCUGGUGUUUCUUCUUCCUUUCAAAAGGCAAAAGACGCAAAAGUCCUUGACUUGGCAAAAAAGGGUUAUGACAUUGUGAAAGAUGAGCUGAGUGGUAGCCCAAGUAAGAGGAAAAGAGCCAAAGCUGCUUCUGCUGCUUCCUCACAAGCUAAUGUUGAAAGAAGUACAAGAACAGAUAUUGCUGUUGUACCUGUGAAACAAUCAAAAUUUAAUAAAAAGUGGGAGGCUUUCAAGGCAAAAAUGCAAGGUCAUCCGUUAUUCAAGCGAGUGAGUGGCUUUAGUGAACCUGUUGUGACAAAAAGCCAAGAGAUUGCAGAAGAUAUGCGGGAAAGAUGGGAGACUAGUGAUCAUCCUGUAGUUCAUAAAAUUCAGGAUAUCAAUGAAAGUGUGUUUAGAGAGACAGAUGCUGCAAUGUCAUUUAAGGAAAUUCGUCGCCGAGACCCGUAUUUUUCUUUGCCUGAUUUUGUAUCUGAUGUCCAAGAAAUUGUGAAACCAGUCCUCAAGUCAUACAUCAAAGGAGAGACUGAAGUAUUGGAGAAAUAUUGUUCCCCUGAAAUCAUUGAGAGGUGUAAAGCAGAGCACAGGGCCUGUGAGACGCAGGGAACUUUUUAUGAUAACAAGAUAUUACAUAUAUCCGAAGUGGAUGUAAGAGAAACCAAAAUGAUGGGUGACACUCCCUUGAUUAUUGUUGGGUUUCAAACACAACAAGUGUAUUGUGUACGAGAUAGACUUGGUGAAAUAACAGAAGGCGGGAAGGAUACAAUCCACACGGUUCAUUAUUUGUGGGCAAUGCAACUUGUGGAAAUGGAAGAAGGUGAUGAAGGAGGACAUAUGCCAAUUUGGAAGCUAAGAGAUAUGCAACAAGUUGGCAUUCGGGCUCUUAUUUAAGAUCAUCAUAAAAUGGUUUUUUAUUUAUUUAUUGCGUUAUUAAUUCCUUUGGGGAUGCAGGGAAAUUUUUGUUUCUAUUUUUUGGUUUUGUUAUAACUUCCUAAAAUCCAUUAAAGGAAUGAGAUUGAAAUUCAACAUAUGAUGAGUUCUUGCAUUCCUAAUGUUUUCAACAUUUGAAUAGAUUUUGACAUGAGAGC